UUCAUCUUGCACGAAAAGAGCAGAAUCCCUAUCUCGCGCCGUACACUAUGUAUUCGGAAUACAGUGUUCCUCCAAUACUCAAGCCUCUACCAGCACCGAGGUGCGAAGGCAUUCGACACGUAAAUGGACACAGCGAUGACGCCCCUCGUGCCUCAAGAGAUCAAUGCCGUGUCAACCUGCGGCCUAACAGCGAAGACAGCUCCAAUCUAGAAAUUGACCAAACAAAUCCAGUUCGAAGUGGCAGAUCUGGCACGACCCCGAGACCGACUCGGCCUCGACGCGGGAAGGAGCACCGACGCGAGAUUCGUAUUGAGCGGGCUGCCGAGCGACAGAGUCGGUAAAUGAAGAAGACGAAGGGGGAGAGGAAGUCGCUGGGGAUGCAAGUGGGCGAGCUGUCUGCGGUGCUAGAUCAGCUCCAGAAAGCUCGAUCACAAGCUAACGCAGUGACAGUACGUAACAUCGUAUUAUCGACGUCGAAAGCCAUCACCAUGCGUCAGAAGGAGGCCAAGCGGCGGCAACUGAGAGCCCUUGUCGCUCAUCAAUCUACGCUGAUACGCAGCAUGAACGAGUUAUCGCAACAGAGCAUAGCCCACAGUCCGAUGACAUCGUGUGAAUCACAUUCCUCCAGUAUGACAUCACUUUUCAAUACUACAGUAGUACAUUGGUACAAGAGCUCGAUCCACUGCACGCUAUGACGAACAAGGUCACAACCAAAGUAGACGCAAAGGUAUCAUCAUUACCGAUGCAGUUCGAGAUGAUCCGUGGCGGGAAUAAAGACAAGACUUUCCUGGAGUGUGCGCAUGCAACUAUCGUCCCGUUUGGAUUCAACGAGACUUGCCACGCGUUAUACGUUGCGCUACUGUCAAAUCGGGUAGGAGAUGUCUACACCGACGGUAUUGAGGACCCCGAGAACGCAAGAGCUUUCAAGCAUCACUUCGAUUUUUCACAAGAAUUGGGCGAUAGCGCCACUUUAGUACUACACGCUGUGAGGACGAGAGUCAUUUUUGUGACGCGAUCGCUCACUGAAGGAGAAGGAGAUUUCAAGGGCCUGUAUACAGAUGAAACUGCGUGGGUUGUGCUCCGUAGAGCAACCGAGGCAACUGACGGCAAUGACAUGGUCUUGGAGGACUACACACGACUGGUACCAGUUGGAUUCAAGGCGAUACCGGAGACUGGUGCGUGAGGGAACGAGUUCGUCAAACGAUAACAUCUUGGUGAUGUUCGAACGGAUGUUACUUGACGAGACGCAGACGAUUUGCCUCUAAGGUUUUGGUAAAAAAAGAAAAAGAAGAAAGAAAGAAAGAAUGGGCAAAAAAGGAA